CUCUCUUGUAUGAGACCGCACACUCCCCCCUCAAGCAAGCUAGCUUUUCUCUGAGCUGCAAGUUGGAAGUGGAAGGACCUUGCCCCCUUCGCCUCUGCAGACAAGUACUAUUUUCUCGCCGGCUGCCUUCCCCAGGCAUGGCUGAUGGUUGCAGUCAGACAUGGCAUUGCGACAUUAUACUCUCGACUUCAACCUCUCUGCGGCAGCUGACUGUCCUUCGACAGUUCGUGGGCUACAAUCCAUAUUUCAGGAGCAGGAAAUGACAGAGACUGUCCAUGACACAGAGGGACAUGGAUACCUUGCUACUUUUGUUGGCAAGAAGGGCAGGUUUGUUAUUCUACGUGUGCACUCCCGUGGGUUGGUCACCAUUGACCUGCAGUGCUAUGAAGAGGAUAACACUGCACAAAUAGACAAUCUUUUAGAUGCACUGGAAAAGAAGUUAGAAAAUCUGUUACAAGGCAGUAUUACACGCAUCAAAAGGCUCCCAGCUCUCACCCGAGGUGGGCAGGUUGACCGAUACUGGCCCACCACUGACGACAGACUGAUCGAGUACGACAUAGACCGGGUCGUGUAUGAUGAAGAUUCUGCAUACCAAAACAUAAAAAUUUUGCACUCUCAGCAGUAUGGGAAUAUUCUAGUCCUCGAUGGAGAUGUUAACCUGGCAGAGAGUGAUCUGGCCUACACCCACGCCAUCAUGGGCAGUGGAAAAGAGAAUUAUGCUGGAAAGGAAGUGCUGAUAUUAGGAGGUGGUGAUGGAGGAAUCCUUGCUGAGGUGGUUAAACUCAAGCCAAAGAUGAUCACCAUGGUGGAGAUUGACCAAAUGGUGAUAGAUGUCUGCAGAAUGCACAUGAGGAAGACAUGUGGCAAUAUCCUAGACAACCUGAAGGGAGACUGUUACCAAAUAUUAAUUGAAGACUGUGUCCCUGUGCUGAAGAAGUAUGUCCAGGAGGGGAGGACGUUUGAUUACGUCAUUAAUGACUUAACUGCAGUCCCAAUAUCCACAGCACCAGAAGAAGACUCUACAUGGGAAUUCCUGCGUCUUAUCUUGGAUCUGUCAAUCAAAGUACUGCAUCAAAAUGGAAAAUACUUCACACAGGGUAACGGUGUGAAUCAGACAGAGGCGCUAAGUCAGUAUGAGGCGCAGCUGGGAAGGCUCUCCUGUCCCGUGGACUUCACCAAGGAGGUGGUGUGUGUGCCCUCCUACCUGGAGCUAUGGGUUUUCUACACGGUGUGGAAGAAGUAAAAGCCUCCCUUUCUCUGCUUCAAUCCCCGGCUGCUGGAAUGUGAAGAUCCUUCCCUUAUCUGCAGUAGAGCUGAGGGGGGGUGGCUCUGUUUUAUUAGUCCUGUGUUUAAGCCCCUGCGCUUGCUACUCUACAGAACCCUUUCCUCCUAUUUUAGAUGUUGGGUUUUACCAUUAUAUAUUGAAACUUACCAAGUUGUGUUUUUUUGUUAAUCUUAUUUUUGGUUGGUAUUGUUGGUUUGCAUGUGCUCUGAAGCAGGAAUUGUAAAACUUUAAGGUGUCCCCGCACUGAUUUGAUACACUUGGAUGUGGAGUAAUACUCAUUUUACAAUAGGCAUUUGUUCUGUUUUUUUUUUUGUUUUUUUUUUACUCUUUAAAUCUGAGUCAUAUGCUGGCAUUGUGUGACAGACAAAUACUUAUUGUCGGCCCAUGUGAAACUGAUUGUUUGCAUUUCAUCAACUCUGUUUCUGUAGCUGCCUGUUAAGUGUAAUUUGAUUCUUCCAGGAUGUAUCAAAGCAGUGUGACUCUCCCCAGCAACACUGAAGUGCUAAAGUCCAAAUGUAUUUUAAAAGGGAAAGUGAUCCUUCUCCACAAUGACGCCUUUGUGAUCGUAUUGGUUUUAUGUGAUGUUUUAUUAGCACCUUUAGUUUCUCCUGCUGUGUUUUACUUAUUGGGUUUUCUAAAAUUGUAAGAAGUGCAUGUAAAGGACAGAGAAUGUUGAUUGCAUAUACAGCACAUUCAUACCUUUGAUCCACUAUUGUCAGGCUUUGUUACAUUUAUUUAUUCAGUAUUGUUUCACCAAAUGCUGUUCUGUCCCUAUUGAGAUUUGUGUUUCUUUUUCUUUGUUAAGCAGCCACAUACAAUUAAAGGGAUUUGGGGGGAAAAGUG